AUGCCUUCCCUCUCCCUUUUGUCCGAUGACAUCCAUUUUGCAGAAUGCCUUCCUCUUUUUUGUCCGAUGAAUCCCUUCCAUUUUUGCCUUUCCUUUUGUCCGAUGACAUCCCUCUCCAUUUUGCAGAAUGCCUUCCGCUCUUCCUUUUGUCUUUUCUCCAUUUGCAGAAUGACAUCCACUCUCCAUUUUGCAGAAUGCCUUCGACUCUCUUCCUUUUGUCCGAUGACAUCCACUCUCCAUUUUGCAGAAUGCCUUCCACUCUUCCUUUUAAUGCCUUCCGCUCUUCCUUUUUGUCCGAUGACAUCCACUCUCCAUUUUGCAGAAUGCCUUCUCUUCCUUUUGUCAGAUGACAUCCUCUCCAUUUUGCAGAAUGCCUUCUCUUCCUUUUGUCCGAUGACAUCCACUCUCCAUUUUGCAGAAUGCCUUCCUCUUCCUUUUUUGUCCGAUGACUUCCACUCUCUAUUUUCCAGAAUGCCAUUUUUCACAAUGCUCUUCUCUUUUUGUCCGAUGACAUCCACUCUCCAUUUUGCAGAAUGCCUUCCGCUCUUCCUUUUGUCCGAUGACAUCCACUCUCCAUUUUGCAGAAUGCCUUCCGCUCUUCCUUUUGUCCGAUGA